ACCAACCCAGCACGCUGUAUAUCUCUUUGUGCGUGAGUGUGUGUGUGUGUGUGCGUUAGUGUGUCAGUGUGUGUGCUUCUCCGUGUCUGUGUGUGGUGUGUGUGUGUGUCAUGCUUCAUAAAGUUGUGUGCUACAUGAAGUCUACUGUUACUCGGCUGCCUGGGGCCAGCGGCUAGCUAGCGGACGAGUGAGAGAGCUACUACGCCCAGCGGCACUCAAGCUGCACCGGACUGGACAGGACAGCCUUGCGGACAGCGCAGCGGACAACUUGCAGCACUGUGUUGUUGUUGAAGAGGACUGCCUUCUCUUUUUUCCCCCCUCUUCUCUAUUUUUUUUUACCACGCUGAGGAGUAACCGUGUUGGGAGAACCAAAACAAACCAGUGAGGAGGAGGUGGUGGUGGUGGUGGUCAAAGUGGAGAAGAGAAGAGAAGAGAGGAGUGUUGGAGGAGGAGUGUUUGUGUUGGGAGAAUCUAAACAGAGGAGGAGGUGGUGGAGGAGGAGGUGGUUGAUGUGGAGUGGAGAGGAGUAACCACGCUGGGAGAGUUCAAACAAGAGGCCGGAGGAGGUGUUGCCGAUUGGAGAGGAGAGGACAGGAGUGGAGUGAAGUGGAGUAGUAGAGGAGGAGGUGGAGGUGUUUUGGUGGUGGUGGUGGUGGUGGUGCUGGUGGUGGUGUGUGACGUCUCCACUCUCUCUUCCGAUCACAACACAAGCAGACGCGACGCCGGCAAGGGACAGCAUGGUAUCGGAGGAGGGCUCAGCCGCUGCAACCGUGAGGACUAAUGGGUAUUGUACUGGUUCUUCUGGGCUUGAUUCUCCAGUACUGCUACCGAACUGCCGAAGGAACGUGCUCCGUUGGAAGUGCAGUGUCCUGUGACCGUUGUCUUCUGCUUGGCCCGCAGUGCGCGUGGUGCACACAAGAGAAUUUCACUGAAACGUUCUCAGUUAGCGAGCGAUGUGACACUCCAGAGAUCCUCCAGCAGAAAGGAUGCUCGAGGCCCUUUCAGGAGUUCCCAGUGUCUAGCAUGGAGAUUCUGCUAAGUGACCCGUUGGGGAAAAAUAGCGACGGCAACCUCACACAGAUCUCUCCCCAGAACAUCGCAGUUAAACUGCGGCCAGACAGUGAGGUGACAUUUCAAAUUAAGGUCCAGCAGUCCGAGGACUACCCAGUAGACCUCUACUACCUCAUGGACCUGUCGGCGUCCAUGUUUGACGACCUGCAGAUGAUCAAGACCCUGGGCUCCACGCUCUCCACGGAGAUGGCCAAGCUGACCAGCAACUUCAGACUGGGCUUCGGCUCCUUUGUGGAGAAACCAGUGCUGCCCUUCAUCAAGAUCACAGAAGAAGAACGGGCCAAUCCUUGCAGGAGCCAUGACGUGACUUGUCUGCCAGUCUUCGGCUACAGACAUGGUCUGUCACUUACCAGCAGCACUGAGCGCUUCAACGAGAUCGUCUCCAGGCAACAGGUGUCGGCCAACAUCGAUGACCCCGAGUGCGGCUUUGAUGCCAUCAUGCAGGCAGCAGUUUGCGGGGAUAAAAUCGGCUGGCGUAACGACUCCAUGCGUCUGCUGGUGUUCGUGACGGACGAGGACUCCCACUUCGGGAUGGACAGCAAGAUGGCCGGCAUCGUGCUGCCUAACGACGGCCAGUGCCACCUGGACAGCAACAACGAGUACGCCAUGGCAACCCAGCUGGAGUACCCCACCCUGGGCCAACUCAUUGAGAAAGUGGUUGAAAACAACAUCCUACUCAUCUUCGCCGUGACAGAUAACGUCAGAAAAAACUACCAGAAUUAUGCUGAUUUGAUUCCCGGUGCUACAGUGGGGAAAGUGGAAACCGACUCCAGAAACAUCUUGGAACUCAUCAUGACAGCUUAUAAGGAGUUGCGGUCUGAGGUAGAUCUGGAGGUGCUGGGGGACACUGAGGAUCUGCAGCUCUCCUUCACUGCCAUCUGCCAGGACGGCAGCGUCCACCCCGGCCUCAAACGAUGCUCCAACGUCAAGGGCGGAGACACGGUGGCGUUCAACGUGACGGUGCAGCUGGCUGGGUGCGUGGACGGGCCCCAGCGGUUCCACAUCCGGCCCGUGGGCAUGCAGCCGCUGGAGGUGGAGGUGGAGGCCGUGUGCGAGUGCGAGUGCCAGCGCCAACCGCAGGCCAACAGCAGCCACUGCGGGCACGGCACGCUGAGCUGUGGCACCUGCCUGUGCGAGCCGGGCUACAUGGGACCCCAAUGUGAGUGCACCGAAGAGAAGGCACAGAGCAGCGACUGCAGGCUGGAUGACAGUGCGGAGGUGUGCAGUGGCCAGGGCUCGUGUUUCUGUGGCGAGUGCCUGUGCCACCCCUCCAGCUUCGGCCGCGUCUACGGCGCGUACUGCGAGUGCGACGACUUCUCCUGCCUUCGCUUCCGCGGGGAGCUCUGCGGGGGUCAUGGCGAGUGUGACUGUGGGGAGUGCCUUUGCCACCCGGGCUGGACGGGCGAGUACUGCAACUGCAGCACCGGCGCCGAGGCCUGCGUGUCGGGGGAUGGGGCGGUGUGCAGCGGGCGCGGCGCGUGUGUGUGCGGCGCCUGCGAGUGCUCCGUGCCCGGCGCCUCGGGGGACACCUGCGAGAAAUGCCCCACCUGCGGAGACUCCUGCUCCUCUAUACGGUCGUGUGUGGAGUGUUACCUCCAGCAAGAGGAGUCUCCGGAAAGGGAGAGAUGUCUUCAGGCUUGCAGCUCGCCUCUCACGUUCGUCAGCAACUCCACAGAUUUCGACGAGAGCCAGUCGGUUCCCUGUUCACUGCAGAGCAGUACUGAGUGCUUCAUGUCCUUCAGCUUGGUGGAGGCAGACCAUGGCCUUACUGUCUACAACCUCAAACAGUACGACUGCCCUGAGCCGCCGGACAUAGCGAUGAUCGUGCUGGGGGUGUCUCUCUCUGUGCUGACCAUCGGCCUCAUCCUACUGGGCGUCUGGAAGCUGCUGGUGUCCGUCCACGACCGCAAGGAGGUGGCUAAGUUCGAGGCCGAGAGGGCAAAGGCCAAAUGGCAAUCGGGUACAAAUCCACUCUUCCGGAGUUCCACAUCGACCUUCAAAAAUGUGACGUACAAAAACAAUGGGAAACAAAAGGUGGACAUAGGUCUACCAAACUACUGACUGGCCUGACAGAGCGACGAGAGUACAUGGGAAAUGCACUGUAGCAACUGUCUGCACUGCCUAUGAAUGUGUGUGUGUGUGUGUGCUGUGUGUGUGUGUGCGUGUGUGUGUGUGUGUGUGUGUGUGAGAGAGAGAGAAUGAAACAUUUUUCGAGAGAUUGACCUUAUUUUUCUGAAUCAAUUUGUACUUCUAUUCAGGGGUGUUGCCACUUCAAAGCUGCAAACACAGACGUAUGUUACUACUACUACUACUGAAAUUCAACUACUUGGUUUUUGCCACUGACUCUCCUGCUAAACUGGGCACUGGAUUUGUUUUAGUUUUUAGGUGAUUUGUUUGUGUUGAAAAUAUUUUAGCGUUAGUUUGUGCGUUUUAAUGUUUUGUAUGUAUGUUUUUGGGAUUUCCUGGAAAAGUUGUUAAUCAAGGCUGAGCCUUGGAUUGUUAAAGUGUGAUGAUGAAAAAGGAGGAUAAUUAUUUGGAAUAAAUAUGAACUUGGCUGGAUCAAA